GCACCACCCACCAGCACUGCAGUUAGAAACGCCGCGAGGUCACCGUCGCCGCCAUGCCGAAGAAUAAAGGCAAAGGAGGUAAAAACAGGCGCAGAGGUAAGAAUGAAAACGAAUCUGAAAAAAGAGAACUUGUGUUCAAAGAAGAUGGACAAGAGUAUGCUCAGGUAAUCAAAAUGCUGGGGAAUGGACGGUUAGAAGCAAUGUGUUUCGAUGGUGCAAAGAGGCUGUGUCACAUCAGAGGGAAAUUGAGAAAAAAGGUUUGGAUAAAUACCUCGGACAUUAUAUUGGUUGGCCUCCGAGACUAUCAGGAUAAUAAGGCUGAUGUAAUUUUAAAGUACAAUGCAGAUGAAGCCAGAAGCCUGAAAGCAUAUGGCGAGCUUCCAGAGCAUGCGAAAAUCAAUGAAACGGAUACAUUUGGUCCCGGAGAUGAUGAUGAAAUCCAGUUUGAUGACAUUGGAGAUGAUGAUGAAGAUAUUGAUGAUAUCUAAAUGGAACUCAACAUUUUACAUUCCGUUUUUCCUGAAGGUUGUCACACAGUUUGGAUUUCAUUGGCAUGACUGUUAAGGCAGACUGAUUUAUUAUUUCUAAGGUGUUUGUUGCUUUGAAAAUUGGGUAAUAAUAAUCUUAAGUGGGAUGUUAAGCCCACCUUGUCCUUUUGAUUUAAUGGAGAUUACGGGUAGAAGAUCACAUCUGUAAAAGAAAUUGCAUUACUACCUUUCUUGCUUUAGCCACUUCCUA